AAUACAUAAUGGUGAAGAAAGCUGCUCCAAAGAAGUAAGAGACGAAAAAAGCUCCAAUUAGAAGAACAAGAACAAUAUAGACUUUAAUAAAAGAUAAUGAAAAUAUUGUACACGAAAAAUUGGGAUAGACUAGAAGUAAAAGCAAUGGUAAAUAUCUCUUUUAUGACUCAGGUGUGUAAUAAAAAAAGAUUACCAAAUAGACAUAAGAAGUGAAAUAAAAGAAAGUAGUAAAUGAAAAAGAGAAGAGUGCGCCCAAAAAGAAUUCAAAUUAAAAAGAAGAAAAAUAACCAAUUAAAGAUGAUACCAAAUAAAAAAAAUAACCAGAAAAAUAAGAAGUUAAAAAGAUUACAGAAACAAAAUAAAAGGUGAAACCUGUUUAAAAAAAAGUAAUAAGUAAAAAAAAAAGUACUCCAAAAAAAAGUCCUGUUAAAAAAAGUACACCUAAAAAAACUCCAGUUAAAGCUAAUACCGGCAAAGGAGAAACGAAACCUAAAGCAGCCGAAAAGAAAAAUGAAAAAGAAGUAGCUAAGAGCGAAAAAAAAGUAGAAGAAAAAUCUGAAAAAAAAAAUAAUGAUAAAAGUGAAAAAAAAGUGAUAGAUAAAUCAGAGAAAAAAGUAGUUGACAAAUCAGAUAAGAAAGCAAAUGAUAAAAGUGAGAAAAAGGCUGUUGAGAAAUCAGAUAAGAAAAGUGACAAAAAAGAAAAAAGUGGAAAAAAAGAAUAAUAAAAAGAAUAAUAAGAAUAGAAAUAAACGGAGUCUGCUAAGUUACCUAGAAGAACUGAAAGCAAAGCAGCAGCUGGAAUUGUUGAUGUCGUAUUUUGUGUAGACACUACCUCCUCUAUGUCUCAGUAUUUAAAUUAAACCAAAGUAAAUCUGUAUUUGAUUAUAUAGAAUACCGUAAAAGAAAUUAUUAAAAACAUUAAAAAUAAAGCUUCAAAUGAAGAUAUUAGUGUUAAAUUCGGAUUUGUAUGUUAUAGAGAUCAUCCGCCUUAAGACCAAACCUAUGUAACCAAGAUUUAGGACCUAUGUGGAGAAGAUGAAAUUAUUAAAUUUAUAGAUUAACAAAAUGCUGACGGAGGUGGAGAUACACCAGAGGCUGUCUUGGAUGGAUUGUAUGAUGCAGCAAAAAAGAUUGAAUGGAGAGAUGCCACUCGCACACCUUCAUUAAGAUAUAUCUUUCAUGUUGCUGAUGCUCCUCCCCAUGGAAAAGAAUUUACUGAUUAAUAUUCUCAAUGGCCUAAUGGAGUUCCGUAUUAUAUUAUCAUUAUUUUAGAUCUGGGGUUAACCUGGAUAAAGUUGCUCAUGUAAUCAACAUUAGAGAAAUUCAUUACAGAUUGAUUAAUGUCAAUCAAACAGAUAUAUUAGAUAAAAUGAAGAAGCUAUUCAAGGAAAAAUUUACUAAUUAUGAAGAAACAGAUUUAACCAAUGCCAAGGAAAUGGAUUUCAAAGUUAGUGAUAUGAUCAUCAGAGAAUUAUUGCCGGAUGUUGAUUAUAAUGAUUGAAUCGUCAUGGCAGUAUAAACAAUUAUAU